CUCUGUUUCUGCUCCUCUCCUCACCACCUGUUAGUUAGUCUCCCUCUCCGCUCCGCACUGGAAUCCCCUGCUUUUUUAUGAGGAGUUCCACGCUCGCACUACCAGUGAGCCCUAUGACUGUGCGAAAAGGAAAAACGUUAGCCGUCUCCAUCCAGGAGCACAUGGCCAUCGAUGUUUGCCCGGGCCCUAUACGCCCUAUCCGUCAAAUCUCUGCCUACUUCCCCCGCUUAUCGCCCACUUCCUCCUUCUCCGAGCCGCUCUCGCCCAAUCAGGUAGCAGCUCCCACAUCGCUCAGCCCGAGCAGCGCAGAAAAGGGUGGAGGAGCAGUGGGACGAGGGAGCAGCAGCCUGUUGUUACCAGGUGCGGCGGGCGGUGGGGGCUCGCUGUCAGCCAUGAGUAGCAUGGACACCUCCAUCGAGAUCGACAGCUGUGACAGCGAUGAUAACACCGCCUUGGGGACGUUGGAGUUUGAGCUUCUGUACGAGAGAGCCACCAGCUCCUUACACUGCAAAGUCAUAAAAGCCAAGGGUCUGAAGCCGAUGGAUUUCAAUGGUUUGUCUGAUCCUUAUGUGAAGCUGCACCUGCUGCCGGGAGCCUGCAAGGCCAACAAAUUGAAAACCAAGACGGUGCGCAACACGCUGAACCCGGUGUGGAACGAGACCCUCACCUACUGUGGAAUCACAGAGGAAGAUAUGUACCGCAAAACUCUCCGGGUGUCGGUGUGCGAUGAAGACAAGCUGACACAUAAUGAGUUCAUCGGGGAGUCGCGGGUGGCCCUGCGUCGCGUGAAGCUGGACCAGACCAAACACUUUAACAUCUGUCUGGAGCAUCCACCUCCUCUGCCUUCACCGACGGCGAUGAGCACGGCCCUUAGAGGAAUCUCCUGCUACCUGAGAGAGUGGGAGACUGAGCAGACGAGAAGUCUAGAGGAGAGAGGCCGUUUGCUGCUCUGCCUGCAGUACUUCCCCCCCUCCAGUGAUGGCGAUGUGAAGGGCGAGGCCAAGGAGAGGGCUCGUGGCGGGUUGUGUGUCGGCGUCAAGCGCUGCGCCCACCUGGCAGCCAUGGACGUCAACGGCUUCUCAGACCCCUACGUUAAAACGUACCUCAAGCCAGACGUUCAGAAGAAAUCCAAGCACAAAACAGCGGUCAUAAAAAAGACUCUCAACCCGGAGUUUAAUGAGGAGUUCUUCUAUGAAAUCACCUUCUCAGAGUUAGCUACCAAGACGCUGGAGGUCACAGUGUGGGACUACGAUCUGGGGAAGUCCAACGAUUUCAUAGGCGGCAUGUCUUUAGGGUGUCACUCGCAGGGCGAUCCUCUGCAGCACUGGAUAGACUGUCUGAAGAACAAGGGCACGAAGGUGGAGCGCUGGCACACGCUGACCAACGAGCUGCCUGGAUCCACGCUGCAGGAAUGAACUGAUCCUCUUUCACUGACACCGGAGAGACUGCCUAAAGAGUGAUGUUUCACCGCAUGCUCUGAGGAUGUUCUGCAUGCCUAUGAAGGAUUCACGUCCUGCUUACUGUGUGUCAAACAUGAGAUCAUCAUUCAUGACAACGAGGGGGGUCACACUCGGAGAUCAAUACUGUAAUGGAAGAUCUAAAUAGACCCAAUGCAAAUCUGAGAAGCCACUGAAAAGCUAACCUCAUGAGCAUUUCCCUAAUCAUAUUCAUAGAGCUCCAUGUCCCUUUUGUGGAUUUAAUAUCAAUCGUAAUGCUUCUCAGAGCUGCUCAAAAAGUGGUCAGAUAUCAAUUAACUAAAAAAAUUGAAAUCGUGCAAGAAAAUAUAAUGAAGGAGAAGGCUGAAUUAUUCUGCAUUAUUCUUGCUCUUAUUACAUUCGGCUUGUUAUUUUCAUUCCCUGCUGACAUUAAACCUCCACCGUUAUGACUCACAGCGCACAUACCUCUCCCUCGCAAUAAUGGUUUGCCAAAUGCUUCCGAAAGACCUCCAAGGUGGUCUUGAUACUGUCUGACAUUUUGUAUCAAUCGAUUAUGAUUGCCAUUGGAUUGCCUGCAGAAAACACGAGAGGCUGUUGGUUUCUUCCAUGUUUGAUGGUUUUGUGUCAGUGAUUUGCAUGUUUGGUGUUGAUGGAGCAAACUAAAAGUCAAAUAUGUGCCAGGCUCUGCUGCAGGACGUUCAUCAUUGUGUUGCUCCCAAUUCUCCUGAGGUGUGUUGCUCUGAUUAACUAAAGAGUUGUUUUUAAUUAAAUUCAAGGGUAACCGAUUGUUUUCUAUGCUGUUCAGUUGUUUAAUGUGUCAGCUCUAAUAUCAGAGUUUCUUGUUGGUGACACGUUGAUGUUGACCUAGAUUUGCUUCACAGUCUGUAAUUUGAGGAGAAGAGUGUUGUAAUUAACAGGAACAUUGCAGAGCUGAUUGGUUUUACGGAGAGCUGUGCAUGGUCAUACUCUGACACACCGUCGAUACAAAUGUCAGCUUCUGUUUGAUAUCUAAAUUACAAAUAUGAAUGGUGUUUAGAGCACAGUGUCGUCUGAUGAUAUCUCUCCAUGACUGAUGCUUUUCUAGAGAGCAGGACUUUAUCUGGGUCUCAUGUGGUUACAGAGGCAUGCUGAUUUUACCAGUGGUGUUCAUAUGUAAAUAUAAACUGUGAUUCACUUGCUUUGGAUGUUUGUCUUUUGGAACUUGAAGUGCGCAUGAUUGUUUCUUCUUUUUUUCAUAAAAAUGUUCAUAUUGA